GUGGAUGAACAGAGAGCUUUAUAAUUUUGUCCCGUUCAUGUUAUAGUCAAGUUAAAUAGAGCACAGUAUCAAAAACUGUCUCAACUACCACAUUGUUGUGAGAUCACAUCUCAUAAAUAUUCUCGUAUACAAAACAUUUUCUAUUUAUGCAUUGUAGCCAUGAAAUGAUUCUCUACUCAAAUAUUAUUAUUUCUUUUGAUCAAAAUUUCCAAAAUUAUGGAAACGCCAGCUCAACCAAAUUCUAAACCCCAUGUAGCCUUCUUGCCAUCUCCUGGAAUGGGCCAUCUCAUCCCAUUCAUUGAGCUUGCCAAACGCCUCGUUGAUCACCACCAUUUCUCCGUCACCAUCUUGCUUCCUUCCGACGGAAGCCCAUCACCCAACAAAGCCCAACAAUCUUUCCUUCAAUCCUUACCCGCCGCCAUAACCUCCGUCUAUCUUCCUCCACCAGAUUUCGCUGACCUCCCGGAGAAUACCCGGGUCGAAACCCGCAUCGGACUCUCUGUUUCUCGAUCUCUCCCAGCAAUCCGUGCUGCGUUGACGGAGUUGUUCACAGGUAACGGUAGUCGGCUGGUAUCGGCGCUGGUGGUUGACCUAUUCGGUUCGACCGCUUUCGAGUUGGCUAAGGAAUUAGGUAUUUUGUCGUACAUGUUUUUCACGUCGACCGCAAUGUCGCUUUCGUUACUCCUGCAUAUGCCCCAACUCGACCGAGCUCACGAUUGCGAGUUUAGGGAUUUAUCCGGACCGGUUGAGCUACCCGGGUGUGUUCCUUUAUCCGGGAAGGACUUCUUGGAUGGGAUUCAAGAUCGGAAGAAUGAUGCUUAUAAAACCCUUCUCGAGCUUAGCAAGAAAUACAGCCAGGCUGACGGGAUUUUGAUUAAUACGUUCAUGGAGUUGGAAUACGGAGCCCUAAAUGCUCUCAAGGAAGAAAAACGGUUUGAGUCGAGGGUUUAUGCGGUCGGACCAUUGGUUAAGACCAGUUCCGAUGAAAUAGCCUCCGACAUUGAUCAGUCUUCGGAUUGUUUAACGUGGUUAAGUAAGCAACCGGCCAGAUCAGUUUUGUACAUUUCGUUUGGAAGUGGAGGAACUCUGUCCCAAGAGCAAAUUACUGAACUGGCCUUCGGUUUGGAAAUGAGUGGUCAAAGAUUUUUAUGGGUGGUCCGAAGUCCAAUUGAGAACGCUAAAGAUGCAGCCUUUUUCACCAACGAGAGCUCGAAAGAUCCGUUUGAUUUUCUUCCUCUAGGGUUUUUGGAGAGGACGGAAUCAAAGGGAUUGGUGAUUCCAUCAUGGGCUCCUCAGAUUGAAAUCCUUAGCCAUGAAUCAACGGGAGGGUUUGUAAGUCAUUGUGGAUGGAAUUCGGUUUUGGAGAGUGUUGUUAAUGGGGUGCCUUUGAUUGCAUGGCCACAUUAUGCAGAGCAGAAAAUGAAUGCAAUUUUGUUGACUGAGGAUUUAAAGGCUGCUGUUAGGGUUAAGCCUGAUAGUGAAAAUGGAAUCAUUGAGAGAGAACAAAUUGCGAGAGUUGCAAAAGGUUUGAUUGAAGGAGAAGAAGGAAAUGAGGUUCGAGGUAAGAUAAAAGAGCUGAAAAUCGCAGCUGAAAGGGCUUUCAGGAAAGAUGUUGGAUCUUCAUCAUUAUCACUAGAUGAGGUUGCUAAGAAAUGGGGUGCAUGAUUCACCUUUGCAAUAGUUUCCCGUGUUAUACAAAUUGUAAUCGCAAUAAUUUGGGAUGAAUUAAUGUACCUUCACGCAUUAGAGUUUAUUAUUUCAAGACUAAACACAGUUGUGGUUAGGUAUGAAUCAUGACUUUGGGAACUCCACAAGAUAUCAUCAUUAUUUUAUAAUACUCCCUCUAUCAACAAAACAAGAAAGUGAUUUAUUAAAAUGUUUCCGGGUGAGUAUUAAACAUAAUUGAGAAUAACAUUUUGUUUUAUGUAUGUAUGCAUGAAUAGUUCUGCUACAGGCGGGAAUUAAUAAGACGGAUCUUCUUCAAUAUCAUCAUGACUUGCAGUUGCAGAGAGGUAGCUAC